AUGUCGACAGCAGCAGCAGCAGCAGACUCGGCUGCAGCGGCAGCACCAAGCGGCGCGCCCGCAGCAGCAGCAGCAGCAGCAGCAGCAGCAGCAGCAGCAGAGCCGCAGCUGUGGCCGUGGCCACUCCCGGGGGCCCCCCACGCUGCAGCGUGGGGCCCCCAGGGGCUGCAGCUGGAAGAGUUGAUUGUGGGGCGGCGGCGGACUUGGGGGCGUUUGAAGGAGCGGAGGUGUCUGUACACCCCGGCGCUGCGGGGGGCCCUUGCUGCUGCUGCUGCAGCAAUUCUAAACCCUCAGACCCAAACCCUUUUGCUGCUGCUCGGCAGCGCAGCAAACACUAAUAUGUGGCCUCCCACAGACACGGACGGGCCUGGCGGGGCCUGCGCGCUUGCUGCUGCGCUCUGGAGGCUCCGCAAACGCGUCAUCUUCGUCACCGAUGAAGUGAAUGCUCCCCAAGUGGUGCCCGCAAUCCACAGCAGCCAAGUUUGGGCCCUUGAAGAAGCAGCUAAACAGAAAGGCCACGAGCCAAGACUUCAAAUAGAAGUGCUUCCAGUGAAGGCCCGGGGAGGCCCUGCUGCUGCGCUGCAGCUGCAGCAGCUGUUUGCUGCAGCAGACCACAUAAUCAACAUUGGCAGGCCGGGCAGAGGCAAAGAGGGGGAGUACUGGGCCCCAAACCUCACCAGCAUUACUUUGUGGGCAGCAGAUUUGUCGCUGCUGUUUGAGUGGGCUGCUGAGGUGUCUGUACACCCCAAGCGCGUGCAAACCACCACCAUCGGCUCCCUCGUCGCCACCACCGCCAACCACGGGGCCUACGGGCUCUGCGUGAUGCUGGCCUGGGCUGCGUACCUCAGCGCUGAGCAGCAGCUGCAGCAGCAGCAGCAGCAGCAGCAGCAGCAGCCGCAGCAGCCGCAGGACGAGAUGCUGCUGCUGCAGCAGCAGGUGGACGCGGUGGAGCUGCUGCUGCCUCAGGUGUGGGACCAGGCCGCAAUAGCUGCUGCUGCAUGGUCUGCUGCUGCUGCUGCUGGCAGUGCUGGUGCUGCUGCUGCUGGUGGCGCUGGUGCUGCUGCUGCUGCUGCUGCUGCUGGUGCUGAAGGUUCUGCUGGUGGCGCUGGUGCAAGUUCUGCUGCUGCUGCUGCUGCUGCAAGCUCUGCUGCUGCUGCUGCUGCUGCUGCCAGUUCUGCUGCUGUUCCUGGACCCCCAGUCGAGAGCCCCGAAGCAGUUGUCCCACGAGACGCUUAA